AUGCGCCAGGCCUCAGUUUGGCCUAGUCCUUGUCUACGAACUGGUAGGCCAGAUCGACUUUUUUGCAUCUAUCCAUCUACACUCGUCUCAUCUGCCGUCCGGCCGAUCCGCUACGGUCUGACAGCCGGCAUCGCUUGUCAAGCUGUGUUGACACGGCAGCAUUGGCCACCGGCCCCGAUGGCCGGCCAGGCCUUGGAGAGUCGGACCGAGCAGCCGCUUGGUACAAAAUAG